AAAGGGUGUAAAUUGAUCACUUAUAACGACUGUGUUCAUCGGCAUUAAGUUUUUUUUUUUUGCUUAAUUAAUAGUUUCUUUUUAUAAUAAGUUUUUAUAAAAAUGUGCCACUCAUGUACUCAAGAGAAACUCCCAUCUAGAAGGGGAAAAAGAUACUAAAAUUCGUGCAAGUUGACACCAUUUAAGUCUAUGGAUACCAUCCAAAGGACGAGAAGCUCACUUUUGCCUUUGCACUCGAGGGCCAAUCUUCAUUUGGCCUGAGCAUUGAUAAAGAAGUUGUGGAGCUCCUCCAUCAUCUUCUUGCGGUCCUUGAAGGUUAUGUUAUUUCUCUCAUUCCAAAUACACAAAACGAGGCAAAUAGUGACCAUCUUCCAUAUUGCUGCAAUUUUUAGGCUGCUGCCUGGUCUUCUCCAAGAAUAAACAAGCUCCUCAAUUCUUCUAGGCAUGACCCAAACCAAUCCAACUGGCCUAAAGAAGUUAUUCCACAGUGCCCUUGCAAUAUCACAAUGAAGAAGGAGAUGAUCAAUGGAGUCCCCACUUCUUUUAGACAUGCAACACUAGUCAAUCAUGAACGUGUUUCUUCCUUAAUUAUUUAUUGUAGAGGCAGAUAAAAUAUGGAUUGAGAUGAAUAAGGUCGAGAAAGGUAUUGUAGACACUAUUGCUGCUCACAAUAUUAGAUGGCUUGCCAUGGGAGGAGCAGCAGAAAAGCACUACUCAGAGGAACUGUCAGAGCUGAAGUCCAAAAAAGCAUUCUUUGUUUGCCAACAAGCUCCGAUUUCCUGUCAUGUUUGGUUUGUUUGCAAGGGUCGCCUCAUAUACACUAGGGGAGGCAGCAAAGAUAGUGUUGAUUUGGAGAUUGCCUCUCCAUUGCUGCUUCUGGGUUCAGAUAUAGAAAAUGAGCAAUUGCAGAACUCAGUAUCAGAAUCUUUCACCAAUGAGGUGAGAUUUCUGGAUGCAGAGGGAGAUGGUAAUGAGCUGGAAAGAAUAUCGAGAAGCUUAACUUCCCAGUGUUCAGUAUGUUCAAGUUCAUCCACUAACAGAGUGGUAGGCACUUCGAAGUUGGCCCUGUGGUUGACGGAGGAGGCCAAAGCAUUAGAAAAUUUAUGUGCUACAGAGAUGAGCCGAAGGAAAGAGAUAGAGGAAGCACUGGCAGGAGAAAAGCAAGAAGUUGAAAGGAUGAGGAAUCAACAGGAUAAAUUCUUGAAAGAACUCCAGAUGGUGCAGGACCAAAAAUCAGUACUUGAGGAUCAGCUUGAAGAGUCCCAAAGUAUUGUGAAGGAGUUAGAGGAGAAGAUCAUCUCAGCCGUGAAGCUCUUGAUAAGUUUUAAGGAAAAAAGGGAUAAGCUGCGCAUAGAGAAUGUAAAUGCAGUAACGGAGCUCCGAAAACUGAGGAGAGUGUUAAAUGGGGAAGUUCCAAGCUUCUGCAGUGUACAAAUCCCUGCAUUCUCUUUCAUGGAGAUCAAUGAAGCAACUCACAAUUUUGAUCCAACCUGGAAGAUUGCAGAAGGAAGAUAUGGAAGUGUUUAUAAAGGAAUUCUUCGCCAUAUUCAUGUUGCUAUAAAGAUGUUGCCCUCCUAUGGCUGUCAAAGCCAGUUGGACUUCCAAAAUGAGGUUGAGCUUUUGAGCAGGGUGAGGCAUCCAAACCUACUAACACUAAUUGGAACUUGUCCCGAAUCUAGGUCACUUGUCUAUGAACAUGUAGAAAAUGGCAGUCUCGAAGAUCGUCUUGCCUGCAAAGGCAACACUUGCCCCCUUCCAUGGCAGAUUCGUACAAAGAUUGCUGCCGACAUAUGCUCUACCCUUAUCUUCCUUCACUCGAACAAGCCUCAUAUCGUCCACGGGAAUCUAAAACCCAGUAAGGUCCUCCUUGAUGCCAAUUUUGUCUGUAAACUUGGUGACUUAGGCAUCUUAUGCAUGGUCCCACAAAAUGGGCAUCCAUCUCACACCACCCAAUUAUGUAAUAACUCGGAGGAAACCUCCCUGUAUAUGGAUCCAGAUUACCUUGAGACUGGAAAGCUUACGCCAGUCUCAGAUGUUUACUCAUUUGGUCUUAUUUUAUUACGACUUUUAACCGGGAGACCAAUUUUGAGAAUAAUGAAGGAUGUGGAAUGUGCACUAGAAAAUGAAAAUCUGGAGGCGGUGUUGGAUAUUUCCGCUGGGGAUUGGCCCCUUAAGCAAGCCAAACAGUUGGCUCAGCUGGGAUUGAGGUGCUGUGAGAAGAACCAGUUGAAUCGGCCAGACCUUGUGUCAGAGAUAUGGAGUCUUCUUGAGCAAAUGAGAGCUUCAUGCAUUGCCUCAGCAUCAUGCUUGGUUUCUAAGAAGAGUGGCAAGAUUCCAUCCAACUUUAUGUGUCCCAUUUAUCAGGAAGUCAUGACAGAUCCACAAAUCGCUGCAGAUGGGUACACAUACGAAUCGGAGGCAAUAAGAGGAUGGUUUGAAAGCGGCCACAACACUUCGCCCAUGACAAAUCUCAAGCUUCAACACUGUGACCUAGUCCCUAAUUAUGCCCUUCAAAAUGCUAUUCUAGAGUGGCAGCAACAUUUAUGAUUUCUUAUCCUCUUUUAUGUUUUCGAGGAAAUAUCAAUAUUACUCCAGUUUGCACUAAAAACUAUCAAAACCAUAAAUUUGUACCUCAAACACUAUUUUUUGACAAUUUUCACCUCGCUCAAGGUUGACUGUCAAGAUGGUGCUGCAUCUUUUUUCAAAAGAUCUGACUAGUAGGACAUAAAUUGAGAGUGCACAUUGUCAAAAAGUGGUAAUUUGAGGUGUAAACUGACAGUUUUGAUGGUUUAAUGUUCAAACAAAGUGAAAAAAAAAAAAAGAAUAGUAGCAGCUUGAGAGUGCAAAAUGUACUUGCCACCAUGUUUUAUUUAUAAUAUGUAAGCUGGAAAUAAAAUAAUACAGGUAUAGUGUUGAUGCAGAUUUAAAUGAUAUACUACCAAUGUUUCGACUCGCA